CACUCUCAGCACUCCUCCUCAGACUAUUUAGGCCUAGUUGCAGCACUCCAUCUCUCAUUCACAGCUUAAUACACAUCAUAUCACACAGGCACGGGAGACAUGUCUCGACUCGAUGUGACAGAAACGUUUCAUGGGCUCACUUGGCCGGGCCACUUGCAUACUCAAGAGUCUCUGAACUACGCCACAAAUUUUAAGUUCAAGGACUCCGAUACGCUUAUUGUCACCUACCCAAAGUCCGGGACGACAUGGAUGCAAGAGAUGGUGACCCUUAUUAACAGUCAAGGAGACCCCACUCUGUCCCGGAGUGUCCCUAACUGGGCGCGUGCCCCGUGGCUAGAGCAGUACUACUGCCCUGAGGUGCUCAGCUCCAUGCAGGAGCCACGGACACUCACCACACACAUGCCCUACAGUGCUCUGGCCCCCGCGCUCAAGGACUCCAAAGCUAAAGUCAUAUACAUCGGAAGGAACCCCAGAGAUGUGGCUGUGUCCUCCUACCACUUCUGCCAUUUUGCCAAGUUCAUGCCCACUCCAGCCUCUUUCCAGGAAUACCUCAACCACUUUUUACAAGGAAAAGUGCAUUUUGGAAGUUGGUUUGAUCAUGUGAAAAGCUGGACUGAUGCAAAGGAAGACAUUCAAAACUUUUUCUUCAUUACGUAUGAAGAGAUGAAACAGGACCUGCGUGGCUCCAUCAAGAGGGUGAGCAGCUUCCUUCAGCGCCCCCUGGUGGACUCUGAGAUAACUGCCAGUGAGCAGCAGUGCAGCUUCGCGACCAUGAAGAACAACCCCAUGGUGAACUACACCCUGGUGCCAGAGGAGAUCAUGAGCCACAACAGCGGGAAGUUCAUGAGGAAAGGGGCUAGUGGAGACUGGCGCAACACCUUCACCGUGAACCAGAGUCUGGUGUUCGACGCGGUGUAUGAGGCCCAGAUGCAGUACAGUCCCCUGAGGACGCUGUGGCCCAACGCCACCGACCUGCAGGUGGCCACCAAGUGCCCGGUGACCGCUGCCAGUGCCAGCUCCUCCACGUGUCACGUCGUGGGUCAUCAGGAUUUAAUGGGCUGCUCAUGAAUGCCUUUGGAUCUCUUCAAUGAAAGAGGUUUUACCAUCUGUUCCUUAUAGUGAAUGUGUUGUCUAAGUUUAAGACUAAUAUAAUCUUUUUGAAGGGGGGUCGUCUACAGACUGUAGAGAGAAUAUAGAGGCCCAUGCCCAUAGAAGUCUUCAAAAGGGGGAAUUGUCUCAUAUUCAGGGUCGUCUUACAUUCGGGUCAAUGCUGUAAUAUACCACAUAUAUACGUAUUUUCACAAAACAAGAAAAGUGCUUAAAACAACUGUGAUCAUUACUCCACAUCACCUCCUUGGGAAAGUAUUUUAUGUUGUUUUUUAUUUCUUUCCCCUAGCCACAGGGUUUCAGUGCAUGUUGGAAGGAUGUGGGUGAUUUUUCCUUGAAAGUGGUGCCUUCUUGUAAUGCUUAAUCCAGUGCUUCCCAACCAGGGGUAUGUGUACCACUAGGGGUACGCGAGCAUACUGAAGGGGGUACUUGGAAAAAUUUAAUUUUAACAAAUGCAUGGGAGCAUAGUCACACUGGAAUAGAAAAAGCAAUGUAAAACACAAGUUAGGGGGUACUCGUCGCACAACAAAAAGGCUCUGGGGGUACUUGAGACAAAAAAGGUUGGGAAACACUGGCUUAAUCAAUGAUUGUAUUUUAAGAAGCAACUAUUUUCUUUGAAUCUUCAGAACAUUUGAUGUUGCUGACUCCUUAUUGCUGACUCAUAUUGACCUCAAGUUGAGGCUGUCAGGAUGCCAGAUUCCUCCCUUCCUGCGCUAGUAGGCUACUGAAGGUCUUGAUGUUGUGAAAUUAGGCUAUAUUAGAAACACUUCCAGGGUAAUCUUUUUCUAGGAAUAUUAUUACUCACAUGAACCCUGGACCAUUUGAGCCGUAUCUAGAACUGGUGUGUUAAUGUGAGUAUUUUGAAAGCGCUUUGAGCCAACUUCAUAGUCGUGAUAUUGCGGAACAUAAAUAUGUGUUGUAUUGUAUUGUAUUGUAUUAUAUUGUUGUAUACAUAUAUAUGCAUAUCAAGUUACAAGAUAGACAAGAUACAAGAUAAACAAGAUAUUCUGUGUAGGCUAUAUAUUUUUGGGGCUGUAUCCAAUACCCUGUAAAUUACUAUAAGUCGCUUUGGAUAAAAGUGCCAGCUAAAUGUAAUGAAAUGUAAUGUAAUGUGUAAUAGAUAUAGGCCUAGUAGCCUAUACAGCUGCAGAUGUCAUGGUUCUGAGUUCAAGUGUUAAAACUGUGUCAAGCCGAAUGAAAAGGCAAUCAGCAAUUGCUCCACAAGAGUGCCCACAAGUCUUAUGUCACCCACAACACAAGAAGUAUCUCACAUAAUGAGGUGUCAGUCGAGUGCAGUUCUGAAUUAAUAAUUUUAGAUAUGCACGCCAUGUAGGCCAGAUCAGAAUGCAGCAUUUAGGACUUAUUGACCCAGUUUGUGAAAUCAGCCUCAAUGUUACAUUGCAUUACACUUAGCUGACAUGUUUAUGCUCAUGCAAUUUACAGUUAUACUAUUACUACAAUUUUUACUACUACUACAGGUGCAGUCAGGGCCACUGACAGCUUUGGCCAGGCCAGGCACAAAGUCUGGAUUACUCCACAGCUGCACCUGAAUAACAGAAUUGUUUGCUUUCCUUCAUGGGAAUCUGUCAAUGAUACAGUACUUAUAAGUCAGUGGAAUCUGCCGCUGAUCAGUCUGUCAACA